GUUCCUUUCCUCGAGUUCAUCGGUCGCUUUCAUUUGCGUAAACAUACUUAUCUUUAUAAAUUCAAGAUUGUGCAGUACGAAAUAGUCGAGAUAAAACAGCAACGUAUGGCGUUUACAGAUAAUCAGUGAACCGCGUAGUGAUAUACGUGAAAGUUACAGUGAUUUUAGUGCGUAGCUCGAACGAUGACGGAACAAGCGAAGUUUGAGGGGAACUCUGACCCUAGUUUGUCGAAUGCAGCCGUGACGCCUGGUGGAGAUAUGCCUGCCUUCAGAAAUCCGAUCCCCUCUACCUCAUUUGCAAAUAGUACUUUGGGACCCCCAGUUUUGCCACCAAGGCCUGACUUAGCAGUACAGCCUGCUUAUUCUAUGACCCCUGGGUAUUCUUACGGGGGGAUGAAUUCCUACGGUAUGGGUGGUAUGGGCAUGGGAGGGAUGGGAUACAGUAAUUAUGGAUAUGGAGGUUUUGGAGGUGGCUAUGGUAUGGCGGGAAUGGGAGGUAUGGGUGGUAUGUCACCUUAUGGAGGCUACAACAGAUAUGGACCAAUGUACGGCGAUAUUGAAAACAGAUUUAUUCAAAUGGCAGAAGAAAGCUCUCGGCCUGCCUUUGAUUCAAUACAAAGUCUAGUCAAUGCGGUCGGCAGUGUUGCCAUGAUGCUUGAAAACACAUUCUUUGCCCUAACCAGCUCAUUCAGAGCUAUUCUAGGUGUAGCAGAGAAUUUUGGUCGUUUAAGAUCGCUGUUCGCGCAGUUCUGGUCGACGUUCGCCGUAGUGCGAUCUCUGAACUGGCUCGUACGGAAACUGAUGGUCAUGCUUGGUAUUAGGACUGAGAACGAGUUCAAGGCUUGGGCAGAAGCGGUGGCAGCUACACAGAACGGCACAGGUACACCCGAACAACGUGCCAAGGGAGCAAGCUGGCCUAUUCUUCUAUUCUUCGGAGUGAUUGCGGCCGCCCCGUACAUCGUACUGAGGAUGUUGAGUGGGCUGACCACUAGCGUGAAUGAGAGACUAAACGACCCAACAUCCUGGCAGAACCCGCUCCGUUCUGUAGCCCAAUACGAAUUCCAAGCUACCUCCCCUCAAGAGCUCAGCUUCCGCAGCGGCCAGGUCGUGCUGCUCGCGCCGCAGCAGCUCCAGGGCCCGCUCUGGAACAGCGGCUGGCUCAUGGGCAGCACGGACAGACAGACAGCCGGGCUGGUACCAGUCAAUUAUAUUAAAGUUAUCAAGCCAGAGGAAAAUCAGAGUGCGGAGGAGAUGGAUAAGCAUUUUAAGCAGGAGUUGUGAAGGCACUGAUUUCUUUACUCAAAUAUUGAGAUUAUUUGAGUUGGAAUAUAAUGACUAUCAAUGGCGUAAAACCAAAUUUUAUGGUUUACACUUAGUCACUCGCGCGACAUGUUUCGGAGAGCCUAGGUCUCCUUUCUCAAGCACUAACAGAAUUAUUGCGUACCACGUAAAAAACGUGAAGCGAUCGAGAUUGGGCGGCGCUCUAAUUUCAAUCGAGAUAGCGGCUGAGCUUUGCCGUCAGCUUGGAAGCCUGUGAUCCUUCAGCAGAAGGCCAGUGAGUGUGGUGACAGUGAAGUGGACAUAGUGAGUUCGUCCUGUUUGUCGCUACAAGUGUUAGGUGACCCAAACCCAAACACCACUGCCCGCCUACUACGACAGCGCAAGAUCUCCCCCAACCGGUUCUCUCAGCGUGCGACGCGGCGCGCAGCAGUACGCGAAGCACGCCCGUCGUGAACGCUGAGAAAGGAGACCUAGACUCUUCGAAACAUGUCGCGCGAUUGACUAAAAAUAAAGUGUAAACCGUAGAAUUAGUUUAAUGUUAGUAUGUCUCACGACAUUUUAAAUUCGAGUAUGGCGUAAUAAAGACUGCUUAUUUCGAUAGUUUUAAAUAGUGUUUAUAAUUUAUGAGUCAAACUUGCUUGAGAAGCCACCCGAAUCUAGCCGCCGCGACACAACUAUUUGUGUCGAAGUCUAGUCAAAGGUCCCACUUUGUCGCUUACCAUAAGGACGAGAUUUGCUUGUAUGUUUAUACGAAUAACCUGUCAAAGCGUCGUUAUGGCAAGCGACAAAGUGAGACUUUUAUGCUUGGAAGUGACACAUUACUUUGUAAAAAAAAUUUGCAACGAAAACAAGUCAUAUAUGUUGGCCCAGAACUGUCUCAUUACAAACAUAGACAGAGUGAAUUAUAUUGUCUUUGUCUUGCGCUAGUACUACUAGCACCCAAAAGAAAGGGAUGAGUAUAAUUUUCCAGACGUAAAUGUGCAUGUCGUAAUUUAAGCAUGUCAUUUUAAAAUUAAAGCGUAACUACGAUUGUAUGGGAGCGGCUUUUUGGCGGCAGGUCCAUGCGACUCUUAAAUCCACGCUAAAGGGUGACUGUAUUUGGUUUAUUACAUAACGAAGAAAAUGUCAAAUCAAAGGUGUAGGGUAAAUUUCAACAACUACUAACGCCAUCUAGUGGAAGUCUUUUUCAAAUCUUCACAACUCUGAUUAGAGAUAAGCAGUCUUUUAUCUUUGGUAUUAAUGCAAUGUCCUGACGCCAGAGUGCACACCGUAAACCAUAGAGUGACUUAUAUCAAAGAUAAUUGAUUGUAAUAGAGAGGUAAAGCCUAAGAAAAAAACGUCUAAGGGGCACGUUUGACAUCCGAAACAGAUGGCGCUGUACUGCACCAUAUGUUUUGCGGUCAUUGAAUUGUCAAACGUCAACUUGUACAAAUUGACAAUCAGAGUUACCGCAAAAUAUAUGGAGCUGUGCAGCGCCGUCUCGUUUGCCUGUCAAAUUCGAAGCACAAAAUUUUCUUAGGUUUUACACAUCUUACUCAAUGAAUAAAUCUUUACUUAUAUGUACUAUGAAACGUAAACAGUUUCUUCACAAGUUUUCAUAGAUUAUGUCAAUUGAUGUUUCAAGAAGGUUUGUUGACUGUCUGUAGUGCUGCCCCCUAUGCAGAGUUUACGUAAUAUUUCCUAUUAGCGCAAAUUUUUAAUAACAUUGUAAAUUAGAAACACCUUUCGAUUAUAAUCGAUUUUAUGACGUCAUUAUUUAUUUCAUUUUUAUCAGGGAAAACUGGUGUCGUUAUGUUCCCUGUAAAUUAAAAACAAACUACUACAUAAUAUACAGGGGUUUUCGUCUGUAUUAAAUGAGUAACGGGUUUAUACAAAAAAGAUAUGAAAUUUUAGUUGUCUUUGGGGUUACGGAAAGGCAUAAUAAUUACAAUUUUGUAUGAAAUUUAAUAAAAUUGUCUUCAUGCUUUAUUUGGAAAUGGCAUUGCUAAAAUGCUGCCAUCUACAACAAUAAUGAGUUUCAGAAACGCAAAUGUUUAGAAAUAGCAGUCUUUAUUUAUUAAGCCUCUAAGAUGUAGUUACCAAACAGGUUUGGAAGUAAUUCCAAUAUUAAUACGUAGAUUAUAGAAAAUCAAGCAGCGCUUGGCAAGCUCUCUUAUCGAUACAACUUUAUACGAAAUAAAUAAUUUACUAGUUUUGGAUAUUUACGUAAAGUCAAUAUUGUUAGUAACUCUUCGUUUCCAUAUAUACACAUACCGGGUGGAUUUUUAACCCUUUGAACGUUUUGUAAAGCGUAAACGAAAGCAUAAAUAAAAACGUCACUCACACGCCAAAGUCACGGGCGCAAGCAAGCUAAUGUAAACCUUACUUAAAAGAGUGAAGGUUACUUUGACAGCGUACACUGUAACACUAACAUGUGCAGUACUGUAGGCACGUAUAAUUAAAACGACUUUAGAGUCAGACCAAGCUAAGUUGGCAGCGAUUUCGAUAGCCCAGCCUGUGGAAGUGUUAGUAAACGUCAUAAUUUCAUAGAACUUUGACGUUUAAAAUAACACUGGCACUGUCUGGACGGUCAAAAUCGCCGUCGACUUAUCUUGGUCUGACUCUAAGUGUUCUUGGCGUUCGUGGCGUAACGCUUUACUUUAAAGGCGUUUAGCGUCCAAAGGGUUCAAUAUUAGUGCAUUAUUUAAUUCGUAUACUUUUAUUCAAAAGACAUUCCAAAUUAUGCCAAAGUAAAUUAUAUUGAAGUAGGUAAAAAUCUGACAAAAUGCAACCCUAUUUAUGGGUAUUCUAUUUGCAUGAUUUGUACAAUUAAAUAUCUACCUGUGUAGACAGCCUAUAAAUGAACUGUUUUUUUUUUGUUAUUGAGAUUGUUAUUAUUCGGCGUUUUAAAUGUACUGUUUUUUUGUUUUUAUAAAGGCAUGUGCACACCGGAUGCGUAUGCGUGUACAUGUACGUGCAUGGUAUAAUAUAUAAAUGCUUAUGAGUGACGGGACACAGGUUAUUCCCACUAGUUACAAUCAAGUUGUUACCAGUGGUAACUACUGGGAUUUUUUCUCACCUUUUACCAUUGGUAACUACUGGGAAAAAAUAACCCAGUAGUUACCACCAAAAUAAUGUUACUUUUUUUAAUACUACAUCGGUGGCAUACAAUCAUACGACCCGCCUGAUACGCGUUGCUGACCCUAACACUCCGCACCCUCGCUAUGUUAGAAUUAAAUACUAAUAAAAACAGGAUAGUAUAAAUAUAGCGUGCUUUAAUUAUGUUUCAGUUAGUGAUUCAGUAAACUGCUUUAAAAGUGUACAUUCAUCAGUUAAAAAAAAAUAACCCGACGUGUGCGUGCACGGUUCUAUUUUGGCGUACACAGCCGAUGUACACAGGCCUUUAAUUGUGCAUUUUUCCUAAGACUGCAUUGAAUCAUGUGCAAUUACUUUUGUGGCUAAGGCAACGUAAAGCUUGCUAUAUUUUAAGUUUUUAUCGUAAAUAUGCUAUUAUGUCGUAAAAAGAUUGACAUGAGACAAUGGCUGAAAAAUAUAAAUUAGCUUUAGGGUUAGGACAAGAGUAACGCGAGUCAUCAAUAUAUUGCGUGCUUUUUUAUUUAAUAAUAUACUUAAAUUUAAAUGUUAGAUAUACUAUAAAAUUGCACUAUUAAUAAUAUACACACAUUUAAAUCGGGAUUCGCGUUACUUUUUCGUGGAAUCACCUCGGUGACUUAAUUGUAAAUCUAUGUUAAAUUUUACAUAAUAUGGGAUGGACUGAUUUGUUAAGAUUAAGCAAUAAACGACUUCUUAUUGGA